UUGUAUUCCAUCCAUCGGGCGGAGCACACGAGAGUGCUGCCACCACCUCUUGUAAAACACACAACAUGCCCCCCAAUGCUGCUCAUGUGCCCCGGCGCAUGGCCUCAGCCUCUCGGUUGAAUGGCUGAGCCUCAAUCGUGGGGAAACCCAGCGCCCGACCGAGGGCGGGCGGGCAGGCUGGGCGAGCAGGAGGUGGCCACGUGAGCACAGCGCAGCCCGCAGCCCUCCACGCCCAGACAUGCGGGCCCGCCUCCGCUUGGCGAUGCCCAGUUGGCUGGCGGUCCGGCCAUUCACGGCUUGAUGACGCUUCCGCCAAGGACGUCGGUCGGCCCCAGGGCGGUCGACACCCCUGCUGCUCGGCGGACUGGUGAUUUUUUGCUCUUCGUUGGCACUGUUGGCCGCCCAGCGCCCAGCCUUCCCUUUAUUAUCUCCCUUUCUUUCUUUUUUGUCCCGUCCCCACCCCGGGUUCCUCCUUUCCUUUUUUGUCCCAUUCUCUCGUUCCUGCCAUCUGGCUGCUGCUUCUUGUGGUGCCGUAAACCAGCAGCACAGGCCCGACCCCAGCAUCCAGACUCCGGCCGGCCCAGACCUUUGUUCGACCUCGGACCAGCCCCGAUUGGCACCCGGCUCACCGCUCCAGACGCGGGUCGCCGUUCCACCGCUUUGUCCCAGCCACCAGUCCCAGCCGCCGGAACACCACGCUUCCAGGCGGGUUCUCCCUAGAACGUAGGCUGCAGAGACCAGAGCACACGAAUUAGUUCUUGUACGAGCCAAGAGGCCACUACGUGUGACAAGAAACUGCCCGACACUGCCCCGAGUUCUUCUGUCCACUAGUCCGCUUUGUGCGGCGUCAUUGGGCUUUGGAUCCUCCUGACGCGGUUGCCCGCACUGUAUCGGAAGCACGGCUGAAUCUUGCCCGCCACCUCUCGGCGACGGACCUCGCUUGCUUUGCGCACGCCGAUGGCCGACCAUGAGACAAGGUCCGCGUCCCCAACGGGGAUGGCGUCCCCGACGUCUAUUACAUUCGCCGAGAACACCACACCGCCCAAAAGCAGCACCCCGACCAAACCCGACGAACUCGACCUGACCGACAGCCAUCCUGUGCCCAACAACCGCUUCGCCUUCACGCCGGCCCAGCUAAACAAGCUAGCUACCGCCCGCACUAUUGCCGCGCUCGAUGCCUUCGGCGGACUGCACGGCCUGGCCGCGGGGCUGCGCACCGAUCUCGCCGCCGGCCUCAGCGUCGACGAAGCCAGCUUCGAUGACACCGUCGCCUUUGAAGAGGCCGUUGCGGCGGGUAAGGAGCACCGGAAGCCCAAAACCAUGCCACUCCCGAGUGACGGAAAGAAGGGACACGAGCUCGCACCCGCCUUCAAGCUAGAGUUUGGCGCCGAACAGAAAGGUUUCACCGACCGCCGGCGCAUCUUUGGCGAGAACAGGGUGCCGCGGCGCAAGCAAAAGUCCUUCUUGCAGCUGGCCUGGAUUGCCUUCAACGACAAGCUCAUGUUCCUCCUCACCGUUAGCGCCACCAUCUCGCUGGCCCUGGGCAUCUAUGAGACGGUAUCCUCCAGCAACGAUGAGCCCAAGAUCCAGUGGGUCGACGGCGUUACCGUCGUGGUGGCCAUUGUUGUCAUCGUUUUCGCGACCGCCACGACCGACUGGCGCAAGAACGCGAAGUUUGCCAAGCUGACCGCGCGGAAGGAGCAGCGAGAUGUUAAGGUCAUACGGUCCGGCAAGACACAGAACAUCUCGAUCUACGACCUGCUCGUCGGCGACGUCAUGCACAUCGAAACUGGCGACGUCGUGGCCGUUGACGGCGUGCUUAUCCGCGGCUCUGGCAUCCAGGUGGACGAAUCGUCGCUGUCAGGCGAGUCGGAUCUAGUGCAUAAAUCGGCGGUCGCGCAGGGCAAGGGCGAGGAGGUGAGCGGCAUCGCCAGCCUCAAGCAGUCGGCGGUGCAUCGCGUGUCCGCGUCUGACCCCUUCAUCCUCAGCGGCACCACCGUCAACGGCGGCGUCGGCAGCUACCUCGUCAUUUCCGUAGGCGUCAACUCCACUUUCGGCCGCACGCUUCAUCUGGUUCAAAACGACGUCGAGCCGACACCGCUGCAGCAGAAGCUGGGGAAGCUGGCGAAACAGCUCAUCACGUUUGGAGUGAUUGCUGGUUUCAUCUUCUUCCUCAUUUUGUUCAUCCGCUUCGUGGUCAAUGUGACAAAACAAAAUCCUCUAAAAACGCCAUCCGAGAACGCGAUGACCUUUUUCAAGACCUUGAUCCUCGCAGUCACCGUCAUUGUCGUGACGGUCCCCGAGGGGCUGGCUCUGGCCGUCACCCUCGCUCUCGCGUUUGCUACGUCGAGAAUGUUGCAGGAUAACAACCUCGUGCGCAUGAUCAGAUCCUGCGAGGUCAUGGGUAACGCUACAUGCAUCUGCUCCGACAAGACGGGAACCCUGACGCAAAAUAAAAUGACGGUUGUUGCGGGCCAUAUCGGAAUGUCGGACAGUUUUGGGGACGCCGUCGUGGGCACCUCCCCUGGCAGUCUGGGGAAUGUCCCCAACAGCCAGGCAAGCGCGUCGGGGGAGGAAGUCGAUGAGACGGAAAAGAAAGCCAUGAGGAAAUCCACUGAGACGCCUGCUGCCGCCGUGGCUUCGCCGCCUGCGAGCAGAGACACGGGUCCGAUGGGGCUGAUGCAGUCGCUCACGACCGAGGCCGGGGCCCUGAUCAAGGACGGCAUUGCGCUCAACUCGACGGCGUUCGAGGACGGCGAUGGCAAGUACGUGGGCAUGAGCACCGAGACGGCCCUGCUUGACUUUGCGCGCAGCUACCUGGGCAUGGGCCCGGUCAACGAGGAGCGUGAAAACGCCAACAUUGUCGACCUCCUGCCCUUUGAUGCGUCCAACAAGUGGAUGGCUGUCAUGGUGCAGCUGCCGAACGACCGAGGAUUCCGCAUGUUUGUCAAGGGCGCCGCAGAGGUGGUGCUCGGGCGCUGCAAGACGAUCCUCACCGACCCGACCGGCAGCAAGGAGCAGGGCGGGAGCGGACUGACAGCAGAGGAGCUCCCCGAAGAGACGCGGGCGGAGCUCCGAGAGACUGUCUGCUCUUACGCUGUCCAGAUGCUCCGCCCCGUCGCCAUGGCCUACCGCGACUUCAAGGACCCCAGCGAGAUCUUCCGCGACCCCAAGGAUCCGACCUCGGUCCGCUUCCGUGAGCUCUUCAGGACCUCGGGGCUAACGUGGACCUGCAUCUUCGGCAUCAAGGACCCGCUCCGCCCCGAGGUCAUCGACUCGGUGCGGCAGUGCCAGGAGGCCGGCGUGCUUGUUCGCAUGGUCACUGGCGACAACUUCCUGACGGCCAAGGCUAUCGCGUCGGAAUGCGGCAUCUACACGGCCGGCGGCGUGGCCAUGGAUGGCCCGACCUUCCGACGACUCACCCCUAUGCAGAUGGACAUCAUCAUCCCGAGGCUUCAGGUGCUCGCGAGAUCGAGCCCGGAAGACAAGCUGACCCUUGUGUCGCACCUCAAAAAGAUGCACGAGACCGUGGCCGUGACUGGCGACGGCACCAACGACGCCCUGGCCCUGAAAGCUGCCGAUGUCGGCUUUGCCAUGGGUGUCCAAGGCACCGAGGUGGCCAAAGAGGCGGCGUCCAUCAUCCUUCUUGAUGACAACUUUAAAUCCAUUGUGAAAGCGCUCCUCUGGGGCCGAACCGUCAACGACGCCGUUCGCAAGUUCCUGCAGUUCCAGUUCACCAUCAACAUCACCGCCGGUACCCUGACCGUGGUGUCGGAGCUUGCUGGCGACAACGUCUUCAAAGUCGUGCAGCUGCUGUGGAUGAACCUCAUCAUGGACAUCUUUGCAUCGGUCGGCCUCGCCACCGACUGGCCGUCGGAGGAUUUUUUGAAGCGCAAGCCGCAGCCGCGCCGGGCGCCUCUGGUCAGCAUCACCAUGUGGAAGAUGAUCCUUGGCCAGGCCCUGUACCAGCUCAUUGUCAUCUUCACGCUUCACUACGUCGAGAGCGACAUCUUCACCCAAACCAUGGUGUUCAACACCUACAUCAUGUUCCAGCUUUUCAACCAGCACAACUGCCGCCGCGUCGACAACAAGCUCAACAUCUGGUACCAGGGUGUGCUGCGCAACCCCUUCUUCCUGGGGGUCCAGCUCGCCACCAUUGCAGGCCAGAUGGUCAUCAUCUGGAAGGGCGGCGAGGCGUUCGACACGGUGCCCUUGGACGGCCCGCAGUGGGGAUGGUCGCUGCUAUUUGGCGUCAUGCCCAUCCCGCUCGGCGCGGCGCUGCGCUGCGUGCCCGACCACUACGUCGAGAGCGCAUUCCGGGUCCUGGGCCGGGUCCUGCGCUUUUUCAAGCCGGCGGCUAUGCUCCUGGUCCCCUCCCGGUUCAGCAAGGUCAAGCGCAAGCACAACCUCGAGCGGCGCCAGAGCCGCAUCAGCGCCGCCACGGCAGGCGAUGACGACGAGGAGCUCGGGCGGCUCGAGGACUGGAUCCUGCACGCGGGCGCCGUCCUGCGGCGGCCCAUCGACUACGGCAUCCCGGGCUACGCAGAGCCGGGCGGCGCGCACGCGGGCAUCUCGCUCGAGAGCCGCAUCCAGAUCAUGCCGGCGGCGCAGAGGCAGGCCCUCGCGGCCGCGGCGCAGGUGCACGCCAUGGCGUCGGGCGGCGGGUCCGUGGACCUGGGCGCGCUCAUCGAGGCGUCGCGCACGGCGGCCGAGGGCGGCAGGUCGGAGGGGCAUCUGAGCCGCGAGGCGGAGCACCAGGGCUUCGAGGUGCACCCGGACACCAACCGCGAGGACCCAAUCAUGCCGAGCCAGGUCGUCGACCAGGACAAGUGGAAGAAGGUCCCGCCCAGCCAGGAUCCGGACGUGGUCCGCUACCUGGCGUCGCAGAACAUCCGGACCGGCGAGGCCAAGAAGGAGGGCCAUGGCCAUGUUCGCCCUAUCGUAUUCGGGCCUUCGGCAGGGGGGUAAUCUCUUAUUUUUUUCUAGCUCAUGAUUGUCUUUCUAGUUCUUGAUCGCCCCAGCGAUUCCUGGGCGUUUUUCUUUCCGAUACAGGAUCUAAUUCACGAAUUACGACCAUAACACCUAUACAAAUCUUGACGAACAAGCUUCGUUCUUUGUUGCGCGCGUUGGUUUUUACGCCUUCUGGAAGGGGGACGUCGGCGGAAGAAUGGAGGUUCAUCUUUUCAAUCAAACAACCUCUUCGGUCUGCUUCUUGUUUCUUCGCUUUAUAUCGUGCUCUCCGGGCUUUUCUGCGGCACUCUGGUUUUCGUAGCACUGGCCGACGCCGCAAAAGUAUCUACUCCAUCGUGCAAUCUUGCAAAUGCCACCAUCAAGGCCACUCCAUUGCCCA